UUAAUAUAUAUAUAUUAUAAUUUUAUUUGUCAUUUAUUUAAUUAUGUAUUUUAUUAAUAAAAUAGGUGAAUAGUAUUUAGUUAAAUGAAUAGUAUUUUAGUGUGGUGAAUAGUGUCAUACCAAAUUUGGUGUAAAAUUAUAAUGUUACACUAAAAUGGUGUGAUUUUUAAUAUCGAAUUAGAAAAGGUUUUAGUGUAAAAAUCGCAACAAAAUAGAAUUUUAGCGUUGGAUUGGAGAUGGCUUUAAACGGAUAUUUCAUUAACAGCGAGGGGAGUUGAGAGAGCGGUUCUCGUUGGAAUUUGUAAGUUUCAGAUAUUUGUAAACCGGAUCAGACAGAUUUAUAGUAAAUCAAAUUGGGGCCAAAUUUAUUCAAUGUGAUAUAACAUGUCGUCAUAUUUGUCUUUCUCUACCUGAUUCUGUAAUUUUUUUGUAAAUUCAUACAAAAAUUACAAAAUUGAGUUUUGUAUUUAUGAAAAAACCAAAAUUAGCGAACGAACAAAUAAUUGUACAAAGGGCUACAGUAUAUUUCAACGGAUGCAAACGCAUAGGAUAUAAAGGGAAUCUAAGUGGAAUAAAAUAAUAUGUUGGCCCAUAUAUAUGCGUCGGUGACGUGAAGCUCCCUGCUAGAGAAAAGCUCAGAUGCGCAAUCUCAGCCUAUAUUUAGAACAUAAACACAUGUCCAAACACAAUACACUCUAUUACUAAUUCAAAAUCUGCUGUCUUUUAUUAUUAUUUUUAAAAUAACCAAAUUAAUUAAAUUAUUUCGUUGUCAAAAUCCAGAAUAUUUCAGAACAAAAUACCUACUACAUAUUUGAUCUCUCCUGAAAGAAAAAUAAAAGCUGGAAACUUGGACGAAUGUGUACAAAUCAUUCUUCCUUUUUUCUUUGUCCUGAAUUAGUUUUUGGAAUGGGUCCGAACUCGGACAAGUAACCCGCCAUUUUCUCCUCGGUCUCUCUGCUCAUCUCUUCAGUAUCGGAUCUGGGUCUCCUUCUCUUUCGUUUCAAGUUUGUGAUUUAGUUUUUGCAGAUUUAUUUCGAGGAGACGUGACGUUAGCUGUAAUUCAUUCUUUACUUGCUUUGGCUAUUAAAGGCGGCACUAGCGUGAAUUAAAAAGAAAAGAAACCCUAUAGAGACACAUUUGGUUGUGUGUGUUCAUUCCUCUCUACUGGAGACAGAUCUUGAUUACAGAUUCAAGACCUAAGAGAUCUAGGUUCUGUUCUUGAGUGAAUAAAUCUAGUGAGAUCAUGGGAAUGAGUCUCGAUUUCGAUGUUGAUCUUGAGAAAGGAAUCUUAGAUUGCCAAAAUGUUUAUACAAAAUCGCCGGAGAAGCCAUUGAUACCGAUGUGUCCAGAUAUCAAACCGGUAGAAACCGGUUUGUUAGAGAACGAUGCAAGUCCGGUUCAAUGUGCGGUCAACAAACCGGAAUGGGGGAGGAGCGAACGGAAGGAGAAACGCAAGAAAUCAGCGUCGAAACCUCCUAGGCCGCCGCGUGGACCGUCGCUAGACGCAGCGGAUGAGAAACUGAUAAGGGAGAUCGCUGAGCUGGCGAUGCUGAAACGCGCGAGGGUGGAACGUAUGAGAGCUUUGAAGAAAUCGAGAGAGGCCAAAGCUGCGUCUGCGUCUUCGGCUUCUUCUCUCGGCAAUGUAUUCGCCACUAUUCUCACCGCUAUCUUCUUCUUCGUCCUUGUUUUCCAAGGGUUCUCGCCGAGAGCAGCCGCUAGCUCCGGGGAAUCUCCCUUUGUUGGAAAAGCCAGUGGUGGUUUUGUACCGGUUCAAUAUGCGGGAAACCCAUCUGCGAGCGAACCGGGUGUAGGUUAUGGCGGUCCGGUUAAAGCACAGAGAAUCCCCAAUUUACUAAAACCAGUUUCUGGAUUAGAGAAUGAACAAAAGAUGAAUAGAGUUUCACAGUGAAAUGUACACCAACGGUCUGGAGUUAGGAGAUGGGGACAACUCCAUACUUGUUGAUCAAACCAUAUAUCGGUUUAGGUUGUCGGUGAACCAUGUAUGAAUACCGAUAAUUUUUUGUGCCAAAAUCAGCUGCUUUCUCGGCGGCAAUGAAACAAUAACUAUCCGAUGUGGGUAAGAGUAGUUUUGUAGUAAUGUUUUCCGUGUAACAAAAUAAGAGAAAGUUACAAAUAAAGUAAAUUGAGUGUUAUACUUUUA